ACAGAGCCACCAAAUGCUGAGCAAUCAACAGCAUUUCUUGUUCUGAGAUCACCCUUCUGAGCACCUCUCUGGCUGUCAACUUGCUGAGGCCACCAUAGCCUGAUUCGCUUCCUCAGCCCCAGGCAUUGGAUAAGCCCACCACGCUGGGGUUGCCUCGGUCCGGUGAUGGCUCCCCGUGUCAGCUGCUUCCUGUUGGCAGUGCUGUUUUCUGCCAGCUGUAGAGUCAUCACCUCCUCGGAUCGGAUGUGCAGCGAGAAAGAAGCCAACAAAACAUAUAACUGUGAAAAUUUAGAUCUCAGAGAAAUUCCUGACACUUUACCAGACACAACAGAAUUUUUGGAAUUCAGCUUUAAUUUCUUGCCUACAAUUCAAAACACCACCUUCAGCAGACUCACAAACCUUAUCUUUUUGGAUUUAACCAGGUGCCAGAUUAACUGGGUACAUGAAGACAGUUUUCAAAGCCAUCCUCAAUUGGACACAAUUGUGUUGACUGGAAACCCCCUGAUAUUCAUGGCAGAAACAUCACUUAAUGGGCCCAAGUCACUGAAGCAUCUUUUCUUAAUCCAAACAGGAAUAUCCAAUCUUGACUUUAUCCCAACGCACAAUCUGGAAAACUUGGAAAGUUUGUAUCUUGGAAGCAACCAUAUUUCCUCCAUUAAGUUCCCAGAAAGCUUCCCAACACAGAAUCUGAAAGUCCUGGAUUUUCAGAAUAAUGCUAUACACUACCUCUCUCGUGAAGACAUCAAUGUUCUGAAGCAGGCCACCAACCUAAGCCUUAACUUCAAUGGCAAUGACAUUAAAGGCAUUGAGCCUGGGGCUUUCCAUUCAAAAGUCUUCCAAAGUUUAAAUUUUGGAGGGACUCUUAACUUGUCAGUUAUAUUAAACGGUUUGCGGAACUCUACUACUCAGUCUCUCUGGCUGGGGACAUACCAGGAAUUGGAUGACCAAGGCCUUACUUCAGCCAUGUUUGAGGGACUUUGUGAAAUGUCUGUUGAGAGCAUCAACCUGCAGCAGCACCAUUUCUCUGGCCUCUCAUCCACCACAUUUCGGUGCUUCACUGGAGUCCAGGAAUUGGAUCUGACGGCAACUCACUUGGACAGGUUACCCUCUGGGAUUGAGGGUAUGAGCUCGCUCAAGAAAUUAGUUCUCAAUGUAAAUCAUUUUGACCAGUUAUGUCAAAUCAACGCUGCCAGUUUCCCAUCCCUUACAGACCUCUACAUCAAAGGCAACGUGAGGAAACUUGACCUCGGUGCUGGCUGUUUGGAGAAACUAGAAAAUCUUCAGAAACUUGAUUUAAGCCACAGUGACAUAGAAGCUUCUGACUGCUGCAAUCUGCAACUCAAAAACCUGCGCCACCUGCAGUACCUAAACCUGAGCCACAAUGAGCCCCUGGGUCUCCAGAGUCAGGCGUUCAAAGAAUGUCCUCGGCUAGAACUCCUGGAUUUGGCGUUUACCCACUUGCGCGUUAAUGCCCCACAAAGUCCUUUCCAAAACCUGCAUUUCCUGCAGGUUCUGAAUCUCUCUCACUGCCUCCUUGAUAUCAGCAAUCAGCACCUUCUAGCAGGCCUGCCGAAUCUCCGGCAUCUGAACUUACAGAGCAACAGCUUUCGGGAAAGGAGCAUCCCAGAGACCAACCUACUUCAGACAGUGGGCAGCUUGGAGAUUCUGAUUUUAUCCUCCUGUGAUCUCCACUCCAUAGAGCAGCAAGCAUUCCACAGCCUUGGAAAAAUGAGUCACAUAGACUUAAGCCACAAUAGCCUGCCAGGCAACAGCAUUGAUGCUCUUAGCCAUCUUAAGGGGAUCUACCUCAAUCUGGCCACCAAUAGAAUUAGCGUCAUCCCACCCCAUCUCCUCCCCGUCUUGUCCCAGCAGAGCAUCAUUAAUUUAAGUCACAAUCCCCUAGACUGCACUUGCUCAAACAUUCAUUUCAUAACAUGGUACAAAGAAAACCUGCACAAAUUUGAGGGCUCGGAGGAGACCACGUGUGCAAACCCUCCAUCUUUAAGGGGAGUUAAGCUGUCUGAUGUGGAACUGUCCUGUGGGAUUACAGCUGUGGGCAUGUUCUUUCUUGUAGUAUUUUUAUUCUUGUUGACCAUUCUGCUCAUUUUUUCAGUUAAACAUCUUCUUAGGUGGAAAUACCAGCACAUUUAGUGCUCAGAGUUUCUAGAGAUGGCAAAUAAAUGUGUUCAGAAAACUUGCCCCAAGAAACUGUCAUCUGUUAGUGAGCAGACAUUUCAGGCGGGUUCCUG